AUGAUUACUCGGACUCCACCAUUGGCCACGCUUGUCCGCUGCUUCAGUUCGACUGCCAGGGCACAGAAACAUGUCUCUCACAUAGGGCGAGAGCCUAUAAAAUAUCCUACAAAAGUCACCCUCACGCCAUCAUUGACAGCAAUCACAAUUCAAGGUCCAUUGGGCACCACUUCUGUCCCUCUACAGCCUUACAUGAAAAUAGAAUUCCCCGAAGAAAACACCGUAGCAGUUUCCGUGGAGGAUGCUGAAAUAAAGGCUCAGCGACAAAUGUGGGGAACGACGCGAACUCUCAUCUCGAACGCCAUUAUUGGCAUGACGGACGGGUUCACUGUACCGCUCUACUUAGUCGGAGUUGGUUACAGGGUAGCCAUUGAGACGGACCCACGCGCCGACAUUGAAGGUGGAAGCGGCCAGCGGCUCAGCAUGAAGCUAGGCUACUCACAUACGGUCUACGUACCCAUCCCGUCACAUAUCAAGGCGGAAGUACCUUCCCCUACCAAGAUUAUCCUUUCGUGCACGGACAAACAUCUUUUGGGACUAUUUGCUGCAAAGGUUAGGGGGUACAGGAAACCGGAGCCAUACAAGGGCAAGGGCAUUUUCGUUGGUAACGAACAAAUCCGUAUUAAAAGCGUCAAAAAGAAGUAA